AUGGCUCCACGCGAGGAGCUGAUUUCUUCAGCUAUUACUUUCCUCCAGGACCCAUCGGUUGCAUCGUCACCAAUUGAAAAGAGGAUCUCAUUCCUUCAGUCUAAAAACUUAACUCGAGAGGAGGUAGACAUCGCCUUAUCGCGAGUGGGCGAAGACCCAUCUGCCGCGGCCGCGGCAACAGCUGCAGCAUCCCCUGCCUAUAGCUAUUCUUCACAGCCUGUUCCUUACCGGCAACCACCUCCACCUCAAGCAUAUGGAUAUCCCCCAUAUAAUCAAUGGCAGCCGCCUCCUGAACCCCCCAAAAGAGAUUGGCGGGACUGGUUUAUCAUGGCAACGGUGGUCGGUGGAGUCGGCUAUGGGUUAUAUACCGUCACAAAGCGCUAUAUCGCACCUUUAAUCGCCCCACCAACUCCUCCCCAGCUUGAGCAAGAUAAAGAAAACAUCGAUGAGCAGUUCUCUCGUGCAUUUACUUUGAUCGAACAGCUGUCGACCGAUACUGCCGCAUUGAAGACCGCCGAAGAAGCCCGCACCGAGCGCUUAGAUGGGGCCCUCAAGGACGUAGAGAGUCUUGUUGCUGAUCUCAAGAACUCAUCCCGUCGCAGAGACGAUGAGACUCGUCGCAUCAGCGACGAGGUGAAGUCAUUGAAGGAUGCCAUUCCUAAGGCGCUUGAAGGCGCCCGGGAAGGCAAUGAGAACCGACUGAAGGAGCUCGGAACUGAGCUCAAGAGCUUGAAGACCUUGCUUGGCAACCGACUUGGUAGUAGUGGAGGUAUCCCUGUUGCUGGCAGGACUGUUGGAGUUACCCCCAUCCCCAGUACUCCUCGCCCCGCACCGGAAGAGACCCCCGCUAGUUCCACUACCCCUGCCGCCACGAAUAGUCUGGCUGCUACUGUGACUCCUGUUGAACAGGAGCCUACUCAAGCUGCUCCCCCGGCGAGCACAAGCCAGAGCCCGAACCCUCUCUCACAGCUCGGUCGGUCUGCUUCCAUCCCGGCCUGGCAGAUGGCCGCGGCCAGCCGGUCUAAGGCCAACUCACAGUCGAGUGCGCCCGCUACCCCUGCUGAGACUGCUGCUAACCCAAGCCAGGAGCAGAGUGCUCCUCCCAGCUAA